GGGCCCCUUUUAAGGUGUAGACUAUCCAUAAGAGAGAGAGGCGUUUAGAAAAGAGAUGCUUCCAUAUGUAGACUAUCCAUAAAAGCAGCAAAGCAGAAGUUUUUUUGCUUACUGUUUUCUGUCAGAACAUUUUCAAGGCUUGAGUUUUUAUGUUUUUAAAUUUAGGGGAAAGUGGGAAACCAUCUACUGAAACGGGUAUUUAUGACCUGCUGUUCCACGUUAAAUAAGGGAGGCGAGGGGGCAGAGAGAAACACAGGGGAGAGAGAGAGGGAGGAGAAGCAAGAAUGGAUGUGGGUCAGUUGCAGAGAAGGUUAGUUGAUUAUACAGCAUCCUUAUUUCGUGAGGGAUUUCUAGAUGAUCAAUUCACUCAACUUCAGCAACUUCAAGACGAGAGUAACCCUGAUUUCGUUUUUGAAGUUGUCUCUCUCUUUUUCGAAGAUUCUGAGAGGCUUCUAAACGAUUUGGCCAUAUCCCUGGAUCAGCCGAGUGUAGAUUUCAAGAAGGUCGAUGCCCAUGUUCAUCAGUUGAAGGGUAGUAGCUCCAGCAUAGGUGCACAGAGAGUCAAAAAUGUCUGCAUUGCUUUUCGCAACUUUUGCGAGGAACAGAACAUUGAAGGGUGUCUGAGAUGUCUGCAACAAGUGAAACAUGAAUAUGCUCUUGUGAAGAACAAGCUUGAAACUCUAUUCAGGCUGGAGCAACAGGUUUUAGCAGCUGGUGGGUCGAUUCCGAUGGAGUGAGUGGUGGCAAGGUCUAAUCAAAAGCAGAAAGGUAGAGAACGAAAGAAAGAAAAAUGGAGGGUAGUGAUAUAGAGAAGCGUUGUACUUUUUUUUUUUUUUUGGUGUUUGAGAUGUAAACUACUUCACUUAUUGGUAGUUCUCUUCUUUUAACUGUAUGGGGGAUUGUUAAGCUUAAGAGGGGAGAGAAUUUGAGCAAGUCUUUUUGUCCCUUUUGCCAUCUCAUCAGGUCCACGGCCCACCCACUCUCCUUUUCAAAUUGAAAUGUUGAUAAUCUUCUCUGCUUCACUUAUUGGUAGUUCUCUUCUUUUAACUGUAUGGGGGAUUGUUAAGCAUAAGAGGGGAGAGAAUUUGAGCAA